AAGGUAAUGAUUGAUUGAUAGUUUAUUGUUGCAGGGAAACAACAAAGGAGAAGGGAGGAACAUGCCAUCCCAACCCCCAGGCAGGACAGAGUGUGAUUAUACAACUAGUAAUACAUGUGGAGGCAGUACCAAGAAACGAUAAAGACACAAUGGCAGGAAUGAAUGCACAACAAGGGAGGGGGGCGGUACCUGCCGGCCUCCCCCUGGGCAAUGAUGAUGUGUUGUCCAUGGCAGUGUUCACCCACGAGGCGCCCCAGCUGGUGAUGCUGUGCCGGGUGUGUUGUUCCCUGAGCAGUAAUUAUGCUGUGCUCCAGCACUGGUGGCAGUGCUUCCAGAUGGUCAUCCUCAGAGCACCACAUUCAUCAGAGUCGGCCCCAAAACCUUCAUGGGCACUCCAGUAAUGAGGCAUUACCCGGUGGGCGUGCUGCUUGACCUCCCCUGACCCGGAACCUCACGGCACACUUCCCAGAACAGGACCUCAUCCACUAACCCUCAAGGCAUUACCUGGGGGGCAUGCUGCUUGACCUCCCUUGCAGGGUCGCCUUGCUGCCCUGGAACCUCCCGGCACACUUCUCACACUUCCCAGAACAGCAUCUCAUCACUGCCCCUCAAGAGGUUGUUGAGUCACUCUUCACGUCCUCCCUGAAGGAAGCCGGCGGCCUGAAGCACCGCGGGCAGGUCACCACCACCAGCCUGCAGGCCAGGGACCACAAACACCUCUGGAUGGGACUCUGGAAUGGCAGGCUUCACUGUGGCUUCACUAAGAUCAACCGCAUGUGCAAGACAUGCCAGGCUCUGAUGUCCAGUGUGGAGGAGAUCGGAAUUCCUAUCAUGAGGGAGACACACAACCGCACCACACCCUCACCGGACGCCAGCAAGCUAUUGCCAUCCUGUAGUCGCCACACCUCCAGCAGGGAGUUCUCCAGGCACACGCCAGCAUUGCCGCCAAGGACUUCACAAUGCACUGCCCGAAACACCCGCCGAGGUUAA